AUGUCACGCUUAACCACACCUGCAUUAUUCGGUCCUUUGAGUUUCGGAUCUGACCCUGUAUCUUUCCUGGAAAGUGUUACUCGUAAAGAGACAAUAAAACAAGAAAUCGGACCUAGUUCCAAUUCUCCGAUCGUGUGUUCACCACACCUCAGUGCCUAA